AGAAGUUGGGGAGUGAGAGAACAGACACAGUAUCAGUAUCAGCAGGAAAGGCUUUGCGGAAGCCCCAGUGAAACGCAACACUUAGAAUGGUAUUUCCGGGUUCAUGGGCCGGUACUUCCUGUGCAGUCUCGCUUUACGACAGGCAAGGCCGGGAUUAGAGGUUUGUAGUUACAGAGUCAGAUGACGUUCCCUCUAUGUGAGAGUUAGAUCAGUUCUGGGCAGAGGGAUUGAGUGUGGGGCACGUGAUUCCCCGCUAGGGGGCAGCCUGGUCAUCUAAUAAGGGGAUGUACUUGAAUGCCCUGCGUUCCAGCCCAGCAGGAAUUCCGCUUGUUACUCCGCUAUGUCCCUCCCCGGGUGCCGUAGCACGUGCUGCCGAGGACUCCGCCCCAAGCCCCGCUGUUAGCUGAGAGAAGAUGGCCGCCGCCUGUGAGUGUCCCGAGCCUUCUGCACCUCCUGCCGGCAGCUCCGCUGAGUCCGAGGUCCCCCCGGCCGGGGAAGAGGAGGACGAGGCGGACGAUGAGAGCAGCAGGAGUUCCGGGUCGGGGCGGGAGAGUCAGGGCCCUGAGGGGGGAGGAGGAGCAGGGAGCCUGGCAGUGUCCGAGGCCGAACCGCUCAGCCGCAUGGACUCCGAGGACAGCAUUAGCAGCACUCUCAUGGACGUGGACAGUACGGUCUCCAGUGGGCGUUCCACUCCCGCCAUGAUGAACGGAGGCUCAGCCAAUAAGAACCUGUCGUACAGCUGCUGCUGGGACCACUGCCAGACCCCCUUCUCCUGCAGCCCCGACCUCGCCGACCACAUUCGCUCUAUCCACGUGGACGGGCAACAUGGAGGGGCGUACGUGUGUUUAUUACAGGUGUACGUGUGCUACUGGAAGGGCUGCAAGGUGUACAACACCCCCUCGACUAGUCACAGCUGGCUGCAGAGGCACAUGCUCACCCACAGCGGAGACAAACCCUUCAAGUGCGUUGUUGGCGGCUGCAAUGCCAGUUUUGCGUCCCAGGGAGGGUUGGCCCGACACGUCCCCACGCACUUCAGCCAACAGAACUCUUCCAAAAUGGCCAAUCACUCCAAAUCCAAAGAGGAGUCGCCAUCGAAAGCCGGUCUGAACAGGAAGAAGAAGCUGAAGAUCAAAAGGAAACGCACCCUAGCCCGACCAUACGACUUCUUUGAUGCGCAAACAUUGGACGCCAUACGGCACCGUGCCAUCUGCUUCAAUCUCUGUGCCCAGAUAGAGAGCCUGGGCAACGGGCACAGCGUGGUCUUCCACAGCACGGUGAUCGCUAAGCGGAAAGAGGAGACAGGCAAAAUCAAACUGCUGCUGCACUGGACCCCGGAGGAUAUCCUUCCGGACGUGUGGGUGAAUGAGAGCGACCGGCACCAGCAAAAGACAAAGGUCGUCCAUUUAUCCAAACUGCCCAAAGAUACCGCCUUGCUGCUCGACCCCAACAUCUACAGAAAUUCCAGUAAAAGGAACACGCACAUUGGGACCCUGAAAGAGCACAUCUCUUAGGCACACACGCUGGCUGGUGCCGGCAGAGGUGCAGAGAAGGAGAGGGGGCCAUUGUGCCGUAGUGUAGUUGCAAAUGCGUCAGGCUAUUUAUCUGAGUUUUGUGCAGAACCCCCACAUUCCCCCACUUCCAUUAGUGACGCUGCAAUGUCUUACCUUGUACAUCGUUUGCUUUCGUUCAUUAGAAUCCAGUCACCUGAUCCAUGAGGUGAUCCUGCGGCGUCCAACACUGAUUGGCCUUUCAGAAAUGCACUUUUGCUCGCUCAUUGGCUGGGGCAGCUGUCAUUCAUAGGACACGCCCCUUCUGUGUCUGGACAUCCAGGUGCACAACUACAAGUCUCAGCUGUGUCAGGGGUUACUGGGAGUUGCGCAUUGAUUUUUCUGCUUCCCACACAAUGGCAGUUAGUAAAGGGUUACAGACAGCCCCCCAUUAUUAUCUAUGUCCUUAUGUGAUAACUAUUACUUCUAAUGAUCAACCUGGUGUCGCAGUCAUGUGACUCCUUCACCCUCUGCGAAACCAUGUGACCACGGCGGCUGCUUUUAUAGAUGUAAAAUUCUAUUUUGAUUUAUUUCUAGAAAAAGCCGUUUGUUCCAUUUUUAUGAAUGAGAAACCCGUGUCCGCAGGUCGCCGCUAUUCCCACGCUCGCUUGUAAAUAAUCCCGCAGAUUUGUAAUAUAUUUUUAUAAUAUGAAACUUAACUGUAGAGUCGAUUUUGUCUUUUUUAUUCUUUGUAUUUUAGCAUAAAAACUUGCUUUGUUGUAAAUGUUAGAAUUUCCCCACAAUUUUCACUAGUUCUGCCAGAAGAAAAUGGUUCUUUCAAUAAAGCACCUUGUGACAA